AUGGCACAUAGAUCUCAUUUGAUUUGGCAAAUAUUUCAAGCUAUUGAAAAUAAUGAUGAUGGACAUAUUUUAUGGAAUUUACUUGAACAAAUAAAAAUAUUUGAUGAUGGAAUAAUUUAUAUGACAUAUGGUGGUGAAACACCACAAUCAUCAGCUGAAAAACUUGAUCGACAAUAUUUAUUGAAAUUAAUUCAAAUACAUCAAAAAUUAACUUAUAUUCGUGCACAAAUUUAA